AAUGCGCUUGUAACUGUAGCUGCAGUCGCAGCAUUGAUCAUAAUUGGCUUUGGAAAGUUUUCAAAUUCUAAUGAAGUAUUAAGGUCUGUAAAGGAGUUGGAUCACGACACAUACCAGUCCAUUGAGCAACUGAAGCAGAGAGUGGCCAUAUUGGAGAAAGGAAAGAAGACAUUCCCUGAAGUGAAGUUCCUCACAUACAAAGACAGGAAAAGGAUUCUGAUUUCUGGAGGAGCUGGAUUCGUUGGUUCCCAUCUUGUUGACAAGCUGAUGUUGGAAGGUCAUGAGGUCACUGUGGUGGAUAAUUUCUUCACUGGUCGUAAACGUAACGUUGAACAUUGGAUUGGUCACGAGAACUUUGAACUAAUCAACCAUGACAUUGUUAAUCCACUCUUCAUAGAGGUGGAUCAGAUCUACCACCUUGCAUCUCCAGCUUCUCCUCCUAACUAUAUGUACAACCCAGUUAAAACCAUCAAGACAAACACCAUCGGCACCAUCCAUAUGUUAGGUUUAGCUAAGCGUGUACGAGGCCGUCUGCUGCUGGCAUCAACAUCGGAGGUCUAUGGAGACCCAGAAGUGCACCCUCAGCCAGAGGAGUACUGGGGCCACGUUAAUCCUAUAGGUCCACGUGCAUGUUAUGAUGAAGGCAAGCGUGUUGCUGAGACCAUGUGUUAUGCUUACGCAAAGCAGGAUCAUAUACAAGUGCGUGUAGCAAGAAUCUUCAAUACAUUUGGCCCAAGGAUGCACAUGAAUGAUGGACGAGUUGUUAGCAACUUUAUACUGCAAGCACUACAGGGAGAACCAAUGACGGUAUAUGGAGACGGAAACCAGACAAGGUCAUUUCAGUAUGUAUCGGAUCUAGUUGAUGGGCUCGUCAAAUUAAUGAAUUCCAACUAUUCCCUGCCUGUGAAUCUCGGCAAUCCUGAUGAACACACCAUUCUUGAUUUCGCUAAUAUCAUCAAAAAUCUUAUAGGUGGAGAGAGCAAAAUUGUACACAAACCAAUUAUGCAGGAUGAUCCGAAAAAACGCAAGCCAAAUAUCACAAAGGCACGAGAUUAUCUCAACUGGAAACCCAAGGUUCCAAUGAUGGAUGGAAUUAAAAAGACAAUUGAAUACUUCAGAAAUGAAUUAACGAGAUCAAGACAUAGUGAAAGAAAUUUUCAUUUUCCCGCAGAAGAGAGAAUUGAACAGAGAGAGCCUGAGAUUGAUAUUAAUAAUUAAAAGUGUUAUUGUUUUCUAUAAGAAAUUUUCAAGCAAAGAAUAACCACAGUGAGGACAAUUCUCAUAAUAAAAAGUUGAAAUCCUCAGUAUAAGUGAUCGGAAAUUUUAAUUUCAAUGUCUAGAUCGAUACAGUCAGUCUUUUAUGUGGAAGCAGAAUUCACCAUUAUUAUAUAAUUAUAUAAAUACCAUAUA